UUACCUUGUAUAUAUAUAAAAAUAUAUAUAUAUAUAUAUAUUACACUAAUAUUUCGUCUUUGGAGGUGGUGGAAUCUGAUAGUACAACAUCCCUACAUCCAGCCAUAGAUCUUUUACAGAGCUAUAUUCUUUCUUCUCCCUAAAAAAAGAAAAUAUUAAAAAAAAAAGUUUAAAAAAAAAAAAAUUAAUUCUCCGAUUUCUUUCACCCCCGCGAAAUCGGCCCCCAUCUUCAUCAUCAUAGUGUAAGAACAACACAACCAUGUUCAAAUCUCCAGAACUCCCAGACUGCGUCUACAAGAACCUGCCCGUGUUCGUCUGCCCGAGCUGCCCGACUCCGAAUCACACCGUCCAUCUCUCAAACCUCGACGAUCAGAAGUUCCUCAGAUUCUCCAUCAAAUAUCUCUACAUUUUCGAAAAAUCCGUCGCCGCGGAAACACUCAAGGACGCGCUGUCGAGGGUUCUGGUUCACUACUACCCUUUCGCGGGGAGAGUGAGGGCACGCGCCGCCGCGAGCGGCGACCGGAAGCUCGAAAUCGACUGCAACGGCGAGGGCGCUGUUUUCGCGGAAGCUGACGUGGAUUUGAGCGUGGAGGAGUUUGUUGAGUUUGCGAAGAAGCCAAACAGGUCCUUGAGGAAGCUAAUGUACAGAGUUGACGCCCCUGGUUUCUUGGAUAUUCCACCUCUCGUUAUUCAGGUCACAAAUCUCCGAUGUGGAGGAAUGAUUCUCUGCACCGCAAUCAAUCACUGUGUUUGCGAUGGGAUUGGCUCCUCGCAAUUUUUACAUGCUUGGGCCCACCUAUGCCAAUCAAAUUCCACUAAUAUUCCAAUCCAGCCAUUCCACUCUCGCCACGUGUUGGGACCCCGCAUCCCACCACAAGUGACUUUCCCACACCCAGAAUUCACCACGACGGAAAAUAGUAAUUCACAAACUGGCCCCAAUAUUUACAGCUAUUUGCAGUCACAGCCCCUAAUCCCUUCGUCGAUUACAUUUUCGCCCACCCAGAUCCUCCACCUGAAAAGACAAUGCGGCCCCUCGCUAAAAUGCACCACCUUCGAGGCGCUGGCCUCGCACACGUGGCGCUGCUGGGUUAAGUCCCUCGGCCUCCCGCUCUCCGUCACCGUUAAACUCCUCUUCUCCGUCAGUUUCAGAAGCCGGCCGUUAAAUCCUUUGCCGCAGGGCUACUACGGGAACGGAUUCGUGCUAGCGUGCGCCGAGGCGAAGGUUAAGGAACUGGUGGCGGCGCCGCCGCCGCAUAACCUGCACCACGGCGUGAGAUUAGUGCAGCGCGCGAAAUCGACGGUGGCGAUCGACGGUUAUGUCCAGUCCGUCGUCGAUUUGUUGGAGGAUGAGAGCGUGAGGACCGAUCUCUCGGCGAGUUUGGUGAUUUCGCAGUGGUCGAAAUUAGGGCUUGAGGAAUUGGAUUUUGGGGGAGGGAAGCCAGUUCAUAUGGGGCCGUUGACCAGCGACGUGUAUUGCUUGUUCUUGCCGGUGGUCGGAGAUUCCGACGGUGUGAAGGUGCUGGUGUCGAUGCCGGAGAGCGUCGUCGGAAAAUUUGAGUUCUACAUGACGGAGUUUUCUGGAGUUGUUGAGAAUGCCGGCGAUGCGAAGAAUCAUUAUGGGGUGGAUAAUUUGAAAAUUAUUUCUGUUUAAUUUGAGUAUUUGUGCUUUAUUUAUUUGUGGUUUUUGAAAAAUAUUAUUGGUGCUGAUAAAACAGUUAAUUAA